GGUGUGAUUUGUCUGGGGAACGCGACGCCGCGUCAAAGAUGGCUCCUUAUCAACCUACACUUGGUUCAUUUAGGAAUAAUUGUGCAAAAGAUUAAGAGGCAUAUUUUAGAGAGAGGAGGCGGAGAGAAGCCGGUAGUAGUUGUCGCGGGCAGUGUUGGCUCUCUGGUCGCUCUCUCUUGCUCUCUCGUCUGUGCUAGCUAGUUAGCUCACAUAGUAAAUAUUAGCCAGCCUGCUUAUUGUUGACUGCUAAAAUGGCCACCAUGGAGAAACUGAUGAAGGCAUUCGAGUCUCUGAAGUCCUUCCAGCAGCAGCAGGGGCCACCGACCGCAGAGGAGCUUGCCCAGAGGCAAAAGAAGGAGCAAGCUGCCACGAAGAAGGAUAGAGUGACACACUGCCUGACAAUAUGCGAAAACAUUGUUGCUCAGUCACUGAGCAGAACAUCCCCAGAAUUUCAGAAACUGCUCGGCAUCGCCAUGGAGAUGUUCCUGCUCUGCAGUGAUGACAGCGAAUCAGAUGUCCGGAUGGUAGCUGAUGAGUGCCUGAACAAAAUCAUCAAAGCACUGAUGGACUCCAACUUACCCAGACUACAGUUGGAACUGUACAAAGAAAUUAAAAAGAAUGGUGCCUCUCGGAGCCUGAGGGCAGCUUUGUGGAGGUUUGCUGAGCUUGCCCACCUCAUUAGACCACAGAAAUGCAGACCCUAUCUGGUCAACCUGUUGCCGUGCCUCACAAGAAUCACCAAACGACAGGAGGAGACGGUGCAGGAGACACUGGCUGCAGCAAUGCCCAAGAUCAUGGCAGCCUUGGGAAACUUUGCAAAUGAUAGUGAGAUCAAGGUACUGCUGAAGUCUUUUGUAGCCAACCUGAAAUCCAGCUCUCCAACCAUCAGACGGACAGCUGCCAGCUCAGCCGUCAGUGUGUGUCAACACUCCAGACGCACCAGUUACUUCUACACCUGGCUCCUUAAUGUGCUCCUGGGUCUGCUUGUUCCAGUAGAUGACGAGCAUCCCAGUCACUUGAUUCUGGGGGUGUUGUUAACUCUUCGCUACCUGAUGCCUCUGCUACAGCAGCAAGUCAACACCACCAGCCUCAAGGGAAGCUUUGGAGUCAUGAGGAAGGAAGCUGAUGUACAGCCAACACCUGAACAACUACUACAGGUUUACGAGCUGACCCUACACUACACGCAGCACUGGGAUCACAACGUGGUCACAGCUGCUCUGGAGCUUCUGCAGCAGGUUUUCAGGACUCCCCCACCAGAGCUUCUGCACAUGCUCAUCACCGCCGGCAGUGUCACACACGCCACCGUCUUUCGUCAGGACACGGAGAACCGAGCUCGAUCUGGCAGCAUCCUUGAGCUUAUUGCGGGGGGAGGGUCUUCCUGCAGUCCACUUCUUCUCAGGAAACCGAGAGGUAAAAUUCUUUCUGGAGAGGAGGAUGGGUUGGAGGAUGACCCUGAAAGGACCGAGGUUACUGCCGGUUCCUUCACAGCAUCAGUUGUUGGUGCAGACGGCUCCACUACGACACAGGUGGACAUAAUCACGGAGCAGCCCCGCUCCUCCCAGCACACUCUGCAGCCCGGCGACUCUGUGGACCUGAGUGCCUCCUCAGAGCAGGGGGCUGGCGGAGGUGGGACGUCUGCAUCGGGCACUCCCGACUCGCCUAACGACAACGAGGAGGAAAUGCUGAGCCGGAGCUCCAGCGGGGGGGCCAACGUCACCCCGGAGACGGCGGACUACACUACACCAGAGAACGCCACUCCAGAGGGAGGGCCCCUAGGAGAAGGUGGAGCGCUUCUGGGCACUAAUGAUCAAUCACUUCCACCCAGCGACUCGUCCCAGACCACCACAGAGGGACCGGACUCGGCUGUCACCCCUUCGGAUGUAGCAGAACUGGUCCUGGAUGGCAGUGAGAGUCAGUACUCGGGGAUGCAGAUUGGAACACUACAAGAUGAGGAAGAUGAAGGAACAGCAUCUUCCACCCAAGAAGAAUCCCGAGAGCAUUUCCUGCAGACUGCGCUCGCUCUGAGUAAGCCUCAUCUCUUCGAAGGUCGAGGUCACAACCGUCAGGGUUCAGACAGCAGCGUGGAUCGCUUCAUCCCAAAGGACGAACCUGCUGAACCUGAACCCGAUAAUAAGCCAUCACGAAUUAAAGGUCCAAUAGGACAUUACACCGACCAGGGGGUGGAGCCACUUGUGCACUGUGUACGACUUCUCGCUGCUUCCUUCCUGCUGACAGGAGAAAAGAAGGGUCUGAUCCCUGACAAAGAGGUGCGUGUGAGCGUGAAGGCCUUGGCGGUCAGCUGUGUUGGAGCAGCAGCAGCGCUGCAUCCUGAAGCUUUCUUUAAUUCUCUCUACCUGGAGCCGCUGGACGGUAUUCCAGUAGAAGAUCAGCAGUACAUCAGUGACGUUCUGUGCCUCAUUGACCAUGGGGACCCUCAGAUCAGAGGGGCCACAGCCAUCCUCUGUGGAGCCAUCAUACAGGCCGCGCUCAACAAAACGCGUUACAACAUACACACUUGGCUGGCCAGUGUGCAGAGUGCCACAGGUAACCCUCUGUCCCUGGUGGACUUGGUGCCGUUGCUCCAGAAAGCUCUGAAAGAUGAGUCCUCAGUCACUUGUAAGAUGGCCUGCUCUGCAGUGAGGCACUGCAUCAUGACAUUGUGCAGCAGCACCCUGAGUGAACUGGGGCUGCAACUGGUGAUAGACCUGUUUGCUCUGAGGGAUUCUUCAUAUUGGCUUGUUCGCACUGAGCUCUUAGAGACUCUGGCUGAGUUAGACUUUCGAUUAGUGAAUUUCUUGGAGAGGAAAACUGAGGCUUUACACAAAGGAGAUCAUCACUACACUGGGCGUCUCCGGCUCCAAGACCGGGUACUGAAUGAUGUAGUCAUACUUCUGUUGGGAGAUGAUGAUCCAAGAGUACGGCACGUAGCUGCCUCUGCUGUCAGCAGGCUGGUUUCCAGGUUGUUCUAUGACUGUGACCAGGGUCAGGUGGACCCGGUGGUGGCCAUUGCUCGGGAGCAGAGUUCAGUCUACCUGCAGCUGCUCAUGCACGAGACCCAGCCCCCCUCCCAGUUCACAGUUAGCACAAUCACAAGGACGUACCGAGGCUACAACCUGUCCAACACCGUCUCCGAUGUCACAUUGGAGAACAACUUGUCCAGAGUUGUUACUGCCGUCUCCCACGCUUUAACCUCUUCUACCUCCAGAGCCCUCACUUUUGGCUGUUGUGAGGCUUUGUGUCUACUGGCUACAAAAUUUCCAGUCAGCACAUGGAGCACAGGCUGGCACUGUGGCUACGUUAGCUCCAGUAGUAGCUUUUCUUCCCGUUCUAGUCUUAAUCGCAGCAGGGGAAGGGCCCUCAGUUUGUCACAUCCCAACAGCACUCCAGCCUCUUCAACCUCGUCUGCAGCAGACUCUGAUCGGAGGACUCUGACGGUAGGAAUGGCCAACAUGGUGCUGUCUCUGCUGUCCUCUGCCUGGUUUCCAUUGGAUCUCUCUGCACAUCAAGAUGCAUUGAUGCUUUCUGGCAACCUGCUUGCUGCUGUGGCUCCCAAAUGCAUGCGCAACCCCUGGGCUGGGGAGGAGGAGGGCAGCAGUGGCAACACCAGUGGAGCUCCAAAUAAGAUGGAAGAGCCCUGGGCAGCAUUGUCGGAACGGUCGGUGGUGGCCAUGGUGGAACAGCUCUUCUCCCACCUGUUAAAGAUCCUCAACAUCUGUGCCCAUGUGCUUGAUGACACACCACCAGGACCAGCAGUUAAGGCUGCUCUGCCCUCCCUGAGCAACACCCCGUCCCUCAGUCCCAUUCGCAGGAAAGGCAAGGAGAAGGAGGCUGCUGAGCCAAGUGCUGCUCCUAUGAGCCCAAAGAAAAGCAGUGAGGCCAACCCAGGCAGGCCGGCGGACAGCACGGGGUCGACGGCUGUGAACAAAUCCACCACACUUGGCAGCUUCUACCACCUUCCGCCCUACCUCAAGCUCCAUGACGUGCUCAAGGCCACACAUGCAAACUACAAGGUGACGUUGGACCUCCACAGUAGCCAGGAGAAGUUUGGAAGUUUCCUACGUGCCACCUUAGAUGUUCUGUCACAGCUGCUGGAGCUUGCCACGCUACAUGACAUCGGCAAGUGUGUGGAGGAAAUUUUGGGCUACCUCAAGUCCUGCUUCUCCAGAGAACCAACCAUGGCUACAGUUUGUGUACAACAGUUGUUGAAGACCUUGUUUGGGACCAACUUGGCCUCUCAGUGCGAGGGUGUCCUGAGUGGACCCAGCCGCUCCCAGGGCAAGGCUCUCCGUCUCGGCUCUUCUAGCCUGCGACCAGGCCUCUACCACUACUGCUUUAUGGCUCCGUACACCCACUUCACCCAGGCUCUCGCCGAUGCCAGCCUUCGUAACAUGGUGCAGGCCGAGCAGGAGCAGGACACGUCUGGAUGGUUUGACGUGAUGCAAAAAGCGUCCAAUCAGCUGAGGUCUAACAUCGCAAAUGCAACGCGACACAGAGGGGACAAGAAUGCAAUCCACAACCACAUCAGACUGUUUGAGCCACUGGUGAUCAAAGCUUUGAAACAGUACACCACCAGCACCUCUGUGAACCUGCAGAGACAGGUGCUCGACUUGCUUGCACAGCUGGUGCAGCUCAGAGUCAACUACUGCUUGCUGGACUCGGAUCAGGUGUUUAUAGGCUUUGUCCUGAAGCAGUUUGAGUACAUUGAAGUGGGGCAGUUCAGAGAUUCUGAGGCCAUCAUCCCCAACAUCUUUUUAUUCCUGGUGCUGCUGUCGUAUGAGCGUUACCACUCAAAGCAGAUUAUCAGCAUCCCCAAGAUCAUCCAGCUGUGUGAUGGCAUCAUGGCAAGCGGCAGGAAAGCUGUCACACAUGCCAUUCCAGCCUUGCAGCCGAUAGUUCAUGAUCUGUUUGUGUUGAGGGGCUCAAACAAAGCGGAUGCGGGCAAAGAGCUGGACACGCAGAAAGAAGUGGUGGUCUCCAUGCUGCUCAGACUCGUACAGCACCAUCAGGUGCUGGAGAUGUUCAUCCUGGUACUGCAGCAGUGUCACAAAGAGAAUGAAGACAAGUGGAAGAGAUUGUCCAGACAGAUUGCUGACGUCAUUCUUCCCAUGAUUGCGAAGCAGCAGAUGCAUCUGGACUCUCCGGAGGCUUUAGGAGUGUUGAACACUCUGUUUGAGACUGUGGCGCCCUCCUCUCUCCGACCCGUGGACAUGCUGCUCAAGAGUAUGUUCACCAUUCCAUCCACCAUGGCGUCUGUGGCUACAGUCCAGCUGUGGGUGUCUGGUAUCCUGGCAGUGCUCAGGGUACUAGUCUCUCAGUCCACUGAGGACAUUGUCCUGUCCCGGGUCCACGAACUAUCGCUCUCUCCACAUCUCCUCUCCUGCCACACUAUCCGCCGUCUACAUCAGCAGAGCUGUUCCCCCAAUGGCCCGCCCUCAGAUACACUCAGCAACCAGGAAGCUAACGGUGAUGCACAAAAGGCUCCACCUGAGGAAACCUUUGCCAGGUUCCUCCUCCAGCUGGUUGGUGUGUUGCUGGAUGACAUUUCCACCAGGCGGAUUAAAGUGGAUAUUACUGAGCAACAACACACCUUCUACUGCCAGCAGCUGGGCACACUUCUGAUGUGUCUCAUACAUGUCUUCAAAAGUGGAAUGUUUCGCAGGAUCACGGCUGCAGCCAGCCGUCUCCUGAAGUCCGAGAGUGGUGGUGGACAGACCAGCACUGAGGCUGACAUGUUUUACCCCUUAGAGGGUCUGAACAGCAUGGUGCAGUGCCUCAUCACCACCCACCCAUCCCUGGUGCUCCUCUGGUGCCAGGUCCUCCUCAUCAUCAACUACACCAACUACUCCUGGUGGGCUGAGGUUCAUCAGACGCCCAGAAGACAAAGCCUGUCAUGCACAAAGUUGCUGAGCCCUCACUCCUCAGGGGAGGGUGAGGAGGAGAAGCCCGAGUCCCGACUAGCAAUGGUCAACAGAGAGAUUGUACGACGGGGCGCACUAAUCCUCUUCUGUGACUAUGUGUGUCAGAACCUCCAUGACUCUGAGCAUCUGACCUGGCUGAUUGUCAAUCACGUACGUGACCUCAUCAGCCUUUCCCAUGAGCCUCCAGUGCAGGACUUCAUCAGUGCUGUCCACCGCAAUUCAGCUGCCAGUGGCCUCUUCAUCCAGGCCAUUCAGUCUCGCUGUGACAACCUCACUACUCCUACCAUGCUGAAGAAGACUUUACAGUGUUUGGAGGGCAUCCACCUUAGUCAGUCUGGAUCUCUGCUGAUGCUGUAUGUGGACAAGCUGCUCAGUACGCCCUUCAGGGUUCUGGCUCGUAUGGUUGACACACUGGCGUGUCGCAGGGUAGAGAUGUUGCUGGCUGAGACGCUACAGAACAGUAUAGCCCAGCUCCCUGUGGAGGAACUGGACAGGAUCCAGGAAUACCUGCAGACAAGUGGCUUGGCUCAGAGGCAUCAGAGGUUCUACUCCCUGCUGGACAGGUUCAGAGCCACUGUGACUGACACCAGCAGCCCCACUCCUCCGGUCACAUCACACCCCUUAGAUGGGGAUCCGCCCCCUGCUCCUGAACUGGUCAUUGCAGAUAAGGAGUGGUAUGUUGCUCUGGUGAAGUCACAGUGCUGUCUUCGUGGAGACGUUUCCCUGUUGGAGACAACGGAACUUCUUACCAAACUACCUCCUGCUGAUCUCUUCAACAUCAUGAGCUGCAAGGAGUUCAACCUAAGCCUGUUGUGUCCAUGCCUGAGUAUGGGAGUGCAGCGGUUGGCACGAGGUCAGGGUUCACUGUUGUUGGAGACGGCUUUGCAGGUGACCCUUGAACAGUUAGCGGGGGUUACCGGCUCACUUCCUGUUCCGCAUCAGUCCUUUCUGCCACCGGCCCAACGAGAGCCCUACUGGGACAAGCUGGGGGAGGUUUAUGAUGAGCCUGGUUUCUAUUCCAAGGUUUUGUCGCUUUGCAGAGCACUGUCCCAGUAUCUGCUGAGUGUGAGCCAGCUUCCUCCUUCACUUCAUAUUCCCUCUGACAAGGAGCAUCUCAUCACCUCCUUCACUUGCACUGCCACUGAGGUUGUAGUGUGGCAUCUGCUCCAGGACCGCUUGCCCCUCAGUGUGGACCUGCAGUGGGCUCUGUCCUGCCUGUGUCUGGCCCUGCAGCAGCCUUGCGUCUGGAACAAGCUUUCCUUACCAGAGUACACCACGCACACCUGCUCUCUCAUCUACUGCCUACGCCUCAUUAUUGUUGCAGUGGCUGUGAGUCCCGGUAACCAGCUGUUGCAUCCGGAGAAGAAAAAGUCAAAAAGAGAUGCUGAAGAAGACGAAGUGGACUCGGCACAUGCCAACCACAUGUGCGAGUGGCGAGCAUGUGAAAUCAUGGCGGAGCUGGUGGAAGGCCUGCAGAGCAUCCUUUCCCUGGGUCACCGUAGCAACUCCAUGUUCCCUGCUUUUCUCACGCCAACAUUGCGCAACAUAGUUAUUAGUCUGUCCCGUCUGCCUCUGGUCAACAGCUUCACCCGAGUGCCUCCACUGGUUUGGAAACUGGGCUGGUCCCCUCAGCCAGGUGGAGAAUUUGGCACAACGCUACCUGAAAUCCCUGUGGACUUCCUGCAGGAAAAGGAUGUCUUCAGGGAGUUUCUCUACCGCAUCAAUACACUGGGCUGGAGCAGUAGGACUCAGUUUGAGGAGACCUGGGCCACUCUGCUGGGGGUGCUGGUCACCCAACCCAUCACGAUGGACCAGGAGGAGGAGACGCAACAGGAGGAGGACUUGGAGCGUACCCAGUUGAAUGUGCUGGCAGUUCAGGCCAUCACCAGCCUGGUGCUGAGUGCCAUGACCCUGCCCACAGCUGGUAACCCUGCAGUCAGCUGUCUGGAACAGCAGCCCCGUAACAAGAGCCUCAAAGCCCUGGAAACACGGUUCGGAAGGAAGCUUGCGGUGAUAAGAGGUGAAGUGGAGAGAGAGAUUCAGGCUCUUGUGUCGAAGAGAGACAACGUCCAUACGUACCACCCGUACCACGCCUGGGACCCUGUGCCCUCACUGUCAGCAGCCUCUGCAGCAGGUACGCUGAUCAGCCACGAGAAGCUACUGCUUCAAAUCAACACUGAGAGGGAGAUGGGCAACAUGGAUUACAAACUGGGGCAGGUUUCCAUUCAUUCUGUGUGGUUGGGUAACAACAUUACUCCUCUGAGGGAGGAAGAGUGGGGUGAGGACGAAGAAGAUGAGGCGGACACUCCAGCUCCCACAUCCCCACCCAUGUCCCCUAUAAACUCCAGGAAGCACCGUGCUGGUGUGGAUAUUCAUUCGUGUUCUCAGUUCCUCCUGGAGCUCUACAGCCAAUGGCUUAUCCCUGGUUCCCCAACUAACAGGAGGACCCCGACCAUCCUCAUCAGUGAAGUGGUCCGAUCGCUGCUGGCAGUGUCGGACCUGUUCACAGAGAGGAACCAGUUUGACAUGAUGUUCUCCACCCUGAUGGAACUGCAGAAGCUCCACCCACCAGAGGAUGAGAUCCUGAACCAAUACCUAGUGCCUGCCAUCUGCAAGGCUGCUGCUGUGUUGGGCAUGGACAAAGCAAUAGCCGAGCCCGUGUGUCGCCUGUUGGAGACGACCCUGCGCAGCACCCAUCUGCCCAGCCGCAUGGGGGCCCUGCAUGGUGUGCUGUACGUGUUGGAAUGUGACCUUCUGGACGACACGGCCAAACAGCUUAUCCCCACGGUCUCAGAGUACCUUCUGUCCAACCUCAGGGCUAUUGCUCACUGUGUGAAUCUGCAUAACCAGCAGCAUGUGUUGGUGAUGUGCGCAGUGGCCUUCUACAUGAUGGAGAACUACCCUCUGGAUGUAGGAGCUGAGUUUAUGGCUGGAGUUAUACAGUUGUGUGGCGUAAUGGUGUCAGCCAGCGAGGACUCGACUCCCUCCGUCAUCUAUCACUGUGUGCUUCGUGGACUGGAACGCCUCCUCCUGUCAGAGCAGUUGUCGCGUGUGGAUGGGGAAGCGCUGGUCAAACUCAGCGUGGACAGAGUCAACAUGCCGUCGCCACACAGAGCCAUGGCAGCCCUGGGCCUCAUGUUAACCUGCAUGUACACUGCGGUGCUUGCGUCGGGUUCAGACGCGACAGGGGUUAGAGGUCAGGUUGACUCUGGCUCUGCUGUAGCGGAGACGCUGGGCGUCACGGCGGGUCAUGUUGGUCUCUCCUCAGGCAAGGAGAAGGCCAGCCCUGCCAGCCGCCCCGCCCAUGCUGACCCUCAAGCCCCAGACAGCGAGUCAAUCAUUGUUGCCAUGGAGAGGGUCUCUGUGCUCUUCGACAGGAUUAGGAAGGGUUUACCCAGCGAGGCGCGGGUGGUGUCCAGGAUCCUGCCCCAGUUUCUAGACGACUUCUUUCCGCCACAGGAUGUGAUGAACAAGGUCAUCGGAGAGUUCCUGUCCAAUCAGCAACCUUACCCACAAUUCAUGGCAACAGUCGUUUACAAGGUCUUCCAGACACUCCAUGCCACGGGCCAGUCUUCGAUGGUGCGAGACUGGGUGCUGCUGUCUUUGUCAAACUUCACUCAGAGGACACCGGUGGCCAUGGCCAUGUGGAGCCUCUCCUGCUUCUUUGUCUCGGCGUCCACCUCCCAGUGGAUCUCAGCCCUACUGCCACAUGUGAUCAGCCGGAUGGGCUCCAGUGAGGUGGUGGAUGUCAACCUGUUCUGCCUCGUGGCUAUGGAUUUCUACCAGCACCAGAUUGAUGAGGAACUGGACCGUAGGGCUUUCCAGUCCGUCUUUGAGACCGUGGCCUCACCGGGCAGCCCUUAUUACCAGCUGCUAGGCUGCCUGCAGUCAGUCCACCACGAUGCAACGCUUUGAGGGCGACAGACUGAGACAGGCAUGGAGGUGCAGAGAGAGGGUGGGGGAGGGGUGAAUUAAGGGGACAAAAGUGGAUUAGAGCGAGAAAUUACAUCUGUGUGCGCCUCCCCAAUGAGCUGUGAUGGAGGGAAAGAAUGUUUUAUUAUAUACAUAUAUUAAAAAAAAUCUACUGCAGCCUUGCUCCUUUCCACCCACUGAUAUGAAGUAGAACUACUGAUCUCGCAAUGAUGCAUUCAGUGAUGUUAAAUGUCUGACUAUUAAGAGUGAGCUCCUACACCAAUAUGAAGGACACUGGCUGCUAAACGGUGGUUCUCCUGACGACCCCCACCCCUCCUCCUCCUGACAUAACUGCACCUUGAACACUUCCUACCCAGCACCUUCUCUUAAAAAGAAACCCCACAACAUAUAAAGUUUAAUCACACACAGAAUUGGAUUUGUUUAUUAUCACGUGAGGAGUAUUGUGAUGUCAGUAAAGUAAAAUAGAAAAUGCAAAGUAUUUACUAUAUUUAAAGUUUAAAUGCAUCUAUUUUUCAGUGAGUUUUGUCAGAGCGCUUAAAGUCUGAGGACAAUGGGCCGACGCGAAAGGGUCACAAACGCCUGCUUAAUGUUGACAAUAGUUUAUUUCAAGACCUUUUUUUAUAUUUAAGUUUCUUGUGGUCAUUCUGACACUAUGUAGCUAAAAGAGUAAAACGUUUUAUUUGUAAGGAUGAUCGCUAACCGCCAUGGUAGCUGGGGAUUGUGUUGCAGUUGUCCCUGCAGAAAGUGCAACUUACCUCGGCUGCCACAGUUAUUCUGGAUGCUUUACUGAGAGGGCAAAGAACUAACCCGGUAUGUACAGGAGGUAUGUAUCGGGCAAUAUCAAAAACCAUUCUGCUCUGCCCCAUUUCUAGAUUUAUAUGUAGUUUUAACUGUACAAGGGCCCAUAUAUCUACAUAGCAGUGUAAACUGUCAAGCAACAAAAAUACCAAAAUUGUGGUAAUGUUUCAUUUUUUUUUUUUUUUUUUUUUUUUAAACAAAAACUGGUAGCAGGAAUAGGCAAAUUUCCUCUUGAUUUUAUGAUUAUUGCUUAUUUCUGUCUGGUUUCGUUUUAUUGCAGUCAAAUGCUCCUAAAUGAUUCCAACAGUCUGUUUCUUGUACUUUUUAAAUUCUCAGGAUGUAAGAUGUGACUAUAUUGUCGUUGUUGUAAUAAGACUGGAAGUAAUUUACAGCCCUCUUUAAAUGGAGUUACCUUCGUAUCUUGUAAAAAGUAAUUGUAUAGUAACAUAAAAGCCAUUGUGCAUGAAAAAAAAAAAUAAGAACUCUGUAAAGACGAGAGGGCUUAGACAGUUGAGAUAAUGUGAAGACUUUUUCUUGUAACGUGCAUACGAUCAGUGAAUCAGCAGACCACAGAAUGCAGAAAGCUCAAGCCUAUAGUGUUUUAUUAAAGAGUUGCCUGGGAGUGUGCUGGGCUUCUGUACAUACACUUGCCUUAGCUAAAAGACUUGUAUGACAUGUAUGUCCUGACCACUGAAAGCUUGAACGCAUGCUUAGCAUUACUGCUAUCUUCGCACAUUGUCUUUUAAUACUGUAUUUCCAUGGGUACAGUUGCCAUGACUAUUGUGUGGAUGAGACGAAUCACAAUCUAAAAGGAGCCUUGUAACCUUGGCGACCAACGGCAAGCUAUGACAAAUCAACAGACGAGGAUGUGUAGCGAUGCUGCGUCACAGCAGGAGUUUUGUUUCUGUUGAGCUUUAAAUAUUGUUUUGUCUCGGUUAAAGCUUGGUAAAUAGUUCAUUGGUCAUUGUCUUUGUGCAAAAUAUUAAACACACAGGGCACUUGAAAACUUGGAAGUUCUUCUCAUGUUCAUGUUGGCCUCUUUUAGUGAAAUGCAGUACGUAAAAGUAAACAUCACGGCUGUCUGUGUGCUAAAUAUGUUCCUGCUUUCCUUGGAUCAUGUUAACAUAAUGUAUCCCCAAUAAAUGACUGAGUCCUCUGAAGCUGUUUUUGAAACUAAUCUGAGGCCUCACUGAAGGCAGAUUCAUCAAAGCCUUCAUCAAUCUAGAUUUCACUUGAGUUUGUGGGGUUGAGAAAAUAAAGAUUUACUAUUUAUAAUGUUCAACGAAAUGAUUCAAAGACUGGUUAGAGCUGUCGGUUAGUAUCUUCCUCAGGCAUGUGAAGAUCAUAGGACCCCUGCAGGGCGGUAAUGCGAUUACCCAGAAAUCUUUUGUGCUUUUGGGAGAUGGGCUUUGAGGUUGUGGACAAAGGUUAUGUUCCACUGAUUUAACACGCUUCUCGUUAAGGCUUUAUUUCCACGUUAAGAAUGAAUGACUCCGACACCCGUUUUGGUUUAAUAAAAACUGUCAACUUCUUCUACAGAUCUUAAAAUGUCAACUACCUUUGUGAUGAGCAUGUUACAGCUUGACUUUAAAAGAAAGCCUUAUUGUUUUCUGUAUUGUUGUAUUUUUAUGUAUCUUCACUGGCCGUAGCAGAAGCACACAGAAUUAAAUGAAAACUUAAGUUUU